GGGGCGAGGGAGUCCGGCGCUUGGCGGGCGGCCGCCCCACACCGCCGACCCGCCGCCGUCGUCCUUGUCUCCUCCCUUCCGUUUCCGACGCUCCUCGUCGGUUGAGUCCGGUGCAUGUGCGGCAAUAACAUGUCCGCUCCGCUCCCCGCCAUCGUCCCUGCCGCCAGGAAGGCCACCGCCGCGGUUAUUUUCCUUCACGGAUUGGGAGAUACCGGGCAUGGCUGGGCACAAGCCUUUGCAGGUAUCAAAAGUUCUCACAUCAAAUAUAUAUGUCCCCAUGCGCCUAUUAUGCCCGUUUCCCUAAAUAUGAACAUGGCCAUGCCAUCUUGGUUUGAUAUUAUUGGACUCUCUCCAGAUGCACAGGAAGAUGAUACUGGAAUCAAGCAGGCAGCAGAGAAUAUCAAAGCUUUGAUAGACCAAGAAGUGAAGAAUGGAAUUCCUUCAGAUAGAAUUGUUGUGGGAGGAUUUUCUCAGGGAGGAGCUCUGUCGUUGUAUACUGCUUUGACAACUCACCAGAAAUUGGCAGGUGUGGUAGCCCUGAGUUGUUGGCUUCCUCUUCGAUCUUCAUUUCAACAGGGUCCCAUCAGUGGGGUCAACAAAGAUAUUUCCAUCCUUCAGUGUCAUGGAGAAUGCGAUCCUUUAGUUCCGCUCAUGUUUGGUUCUCUCACCGUCGAAAAGCUAAAGACUUUGGUAAAUCCAGCUAAUGUAAAUUUCAAGACCUACGGCGGCAUGGUGCAUAGUUCGUGCAGUCAGGAAAUGAUGGACGUCAAGCAAUUCAUUGAUAAACUCCUACCUCCGGUUGGUUAAUUGACAUCAUUUGAAACCGUCUAUACAAGUACACCAGCAUCGUUGUAGUAGAGUAUAAACCUUUUCACACACCCAGUCCUGAAACUUUAUUUCUACUCUUGCAGUGUUAAUACAGUUUUGCAAAUACAGCCAAUGGUAAGGACUAAAUAAUGUCUUCUCAUGGGAAGUUACGGUAUUUCAAAGUUUUAUUCAUAUAUUUAGAAAAUAUAUGACGUAAAAUAACAGGUAUUACUGUAGACGAGGCAGCUGGUUUUCUUGAAGUAUAAUUCAGCCUAAUAAUUAAAGCACUGCUAUCUGAUUUUGGAUUACUGUUUUUAAAAAAAGAAAUAUUAGUACGGUUAAUGAAAAUAUGUCGAGGAAUAAUUGAUCAGUUACAUCAAUCAAUUUAUGCAUGCUGUGACUUAGUCUAAGGGUUUAUUCUAAAAGUGGUUAGUCACCAUGCACUUUCUAUAUUUUUUUUAAAUAUACGGAACAGCCAUACAAGGUGCGAAAUAUGUGAUCAGAAUGGAUCGGUAUUAUAUUAUCCAGUUAGGGAUCAAUGCUUUUAAGAAGUAGUGUAGGCUUGUUCUGUUGCUCUCCCUUCUAGGUAGGGGCUAGUCUGUAUGUUGCCUUGCAGAAUAUUCCAACGAAGUAACAUUUGGAAAUAUUCCCACUUGCAUGACAGAGAAGCUUGUUCCUUAUUUCUUAUUUCUCUCCUCAACUCAAUAGUAACCUCCAUACUGUUAACCGCUGGGAUAAUUUACAUAUCGCAACAAUUGGCCACCGAAUCUUUAAACAAUGGCUUUAGGCUAUAUAUUAUGAAAUAAGGAUCACUUUUCUGCAUCACAGAUUUCUUCUCUAGCGCAGAUCGAGAUCCUUUCAGUUAUUCGUAUUAACUGGGACAUAUGCGACCAGUUCACAUGUUUUUCAGGCUUGAUAUUCAAGUAAUUUUGUUCCGAAAGCCAUAUUAUGUGAGUGUAAAAUAGGAUGGAAAAAAUUUACUGCAGAGUGAAAGAAAAGAGCCUUGUUACAGCAAUUAUUUAGCUCAGGAUUACUUGCUGAAUAUUACAUAGGCACCUUUCCCUGCUUUUUAAAACUCAGUUCAAACAACAUGAAUCAUAGGACUAUGCAAAGCUAUUAAGUGCCCCAUAGUAUUAGCCACCAGAUUUCCAUUCUGAAAGUAAUUUAGGCUAUUUUCUCGUUAAGGAUGUGGGAUAUGAAAUUCUAUUUCAGUUUACUUCUUUUGCCAUUUUUUAAAACCAAGCACUGUAUAAAAUAACUGGCCAUGAGAGAACUGGGCCCUGUUCCGGCUAAUAGUGGACUGAUGUGAAUUCUGUAAGCGGAUUGAAAAAGCAAAACAAAAACCCAACAAACUUAAAAAAAAUUAGUGCUUUUUCUUUAUCGUAGUUAGAAAUUCUCAGAUCUCUGGUAAAUGAUUGGUAAACAAACUUGUUAAAACUAUCUGAAGGUCUUGUAUUUUAAUCAGUACCUUGAAAAUAGUAGUUUGAAUGCAACACGGUUGAAUAAAUAGCAAAAAAGUAGGCUUGGUAUUUUAGAGCUGUUAGUAAUUAAAUGUGUUCUGCUGUAUUGCAACUCUUCUAAGCAAUGUUAUGAAUGCAUCUUUAUAAAUAGGUGCUAAUCGACAAAAUGGUUAUAAUUUAAGAAUGUACUGUAUAGAACGUUAAUAUCGAAGCCAUAAAUUAAAAGGUCUGGGUUAAAAAAUUAAACAGUCUUUACUGAAUCACUUUUCUUUAUCUCAAAGAGCAUAAACUGUUUAAGUUGAUCUAAAAAUCAGCAAGAUGUUAUGACUUUGUUCAUUUAUUUAUGAUAAGAGAUCUUUAUGUUCCAUAGAAAUAUUUUGCUGUCGAAUGGGGAAAAUGUAAAUCUUUUUCACAGUUUCUAUCAAUGUGAAAUAAACUCGAAGCUGACAGUC